CCUUGAAUGGAGCGGCAACCUGUUUUACUUCCUUGCCCACCGACAUGGUAUAAAUAGAGUAAAUCUUCAUUUUAAACUUUGGAAUCCAAAGUUUGAAUAAACUUACAGCUAUAAUGGACGACCGUCAGCUAGACCUGACAGAAGCACAGAAAGCUAUCAAGUCUAAAUACCCGCCGAUCAACAAGAAAUACGAAUACCUGGAUCAUACAGCAGAUGUCCAAAUUCACUCCUGGGGAGACUCUUUGGAGGAAGCCUUUGAGCAGUGUGCUAUGGGGAUGUUUGGCUAUAUGACCGACACAGAAACUGUGGAACCGAUUGAUACUGUAGAAGUAGAAUCAGAAGGUGAAGACAUGGAGUCGCUUCUCUUCCACUUCUUAGAUGACUGGUUAUUUAAGUUUAGUGCAGAUCUCUUUUUUGUUCCCAGGGAGGUCAAAGUUUUGCACAUUGACAGAAUGCAUUUCAGGAUUCGCUCCAUUGGGUGGGGUGAAGAAUUCUCUCUGGCCAAGCAUCCACAGGGAACUGAGGUGAAAGCCAUCACAUAUUCUGCAAUGCAGAUCCAUGAUAAAGAAAAACCAGAAAUAUUUGCCAUUGUUGAUAUCUGAGGAAACUUAUAAAGAAUGAAAGUAUCUCAAACUGCUAGUUUAAUGUAACUAGAAAAUAGCCUAUUUAAGGCAUGUAAAACACUGAUUAAUUUUCUGACAUAAGUGAACUGUUUACUUAUAGGCCUUCUUAUAUAUUUAAAUAUUAAUUUAAUUGCUCAUAUGAAUACAAAACACUGAUAAUAUCAAAAUUAUUGAAUAUAAAUGAGUGAAUGAUGGGAAGGAAGCACAUUUUUUAGAAAUAUCUUGUGUUUACUUUUAGUCAUUUUUGAGAAAAAUGUUGAAUUUUGAAUGAUAUGAGGGGUUUGACUAAAACUGUCUGCCCAGUUUGAUUUUCUAUCAUUAUUACUGCUAUUACUUAUGGCAUAUUUGAAAUUUGUGUAAGUGCCUUCUAAAUCACUGUUAAUAAAGCAGCCAGUGUUUUUAUUUUUCUUGUGGGUUUGAUUUAAUGGUUAAUGUUGCUUUAAAUUAAAAUCUGUUUAAAUA